AUGCCAAUAGCAGUAACUACAACAACUCCAGAAAGAACAUCUCUAACAAAAGUAACACUCGAACUUUUUACAAAAAUUGGUGAAUAUUUGAAUCACGAUCUGGGCAUAAAAUCUGUUGACUAUGUUUACGAUUUUCUUUGUAAAGUUAAAGAUGUAUCAAGGAAUAAUCGAGAACAUAUUAUCAAUAUAAUAAAUCAAACGCGUGAUCCGGUAAUUUUACAAAAGCUAGUAAAAGAAAGAUGUAGUUAUAUUUUAAGAAAUUGGAUAAAAGAAGAGGCAAAGUUUCCUGAUAGCUAUUUACUUUUUAAACUAUUGAAAACUGUACAACAUCUAUCAAUUGAUUUGGAAAUGUCGACAAGUUGUGGUCUGGGCAGAGUUGUCAAUAAUAAAUUGGUAAAGGAAUCGAACAUACCAGGUGUUGCCGAGGUCGCGUCUGAUUUAUUGAACAGAUGGUUACAAGAUGCUAAAAAAAUGCCUGAAUCUACUGCCGGAAAUAAUAUCCUUGUUCCCGCAAAAAGUUCUAAAUCAAAUGAUAAUGGUUCAGUAACGACCGAAAUAAAAAAAGAACCGACUAAUUCUGUUGUAAAAGGUAUUUUUGAUGAUAUAUUUGAUCUUCCUUCCACCUCCACAACUUCUCCCUCAUCUUUUAUGGUCGAUCAUCAGUCAUUAAAAAAUGCCAAUACAAAUAUUCAGACAAAAACUAGUAACGCUGCUAUUACUACCAUCAUCACAUCAUCGUUAUUGCCGUCAUCAUCUCCUGUUGGUGGAAAUCAAAUUGAAACAUGCAAACCUUCAACCCUUUCAAAGAAAAGGAAGCGUGUAAGCUUUGCCCCAGAUUUUAUGCUUGCACAAGUAAAAUAUUUUGGAAAUGAACGUUCUGAUGGUAUAAAAGAUGCUACAUUAAGCACCAUUGGUAGUGGUUGUUCUUCUCGUGAUAUUGAGGAUGUUAGAGACCUCGAUCGUCGUGAGAGAAAAGUUGCUUUGAAAAGAUUACGAAAAACACCAUACACAAGAUGGUAUACUCCAUUAUUCAUAAGGUCACGACUAACUAAUAAGAAGAAAAAGAGAAAAAAGAUAUGGGAUUCUAAUGUUAUAGUGGAUAGCCUAGAGGCAAUAAUUCAAAAAAGUCGCGAAGAAGAAACUUUAGAAGUUAUUUAUCCUACGGUUGAUCAAGUUCCUGAAAACCCAUACGAAUCGCAAGACUUACUAUUCGCCGUCUCAACAUCUAAAACGAUAGAGGGUCCCAUAAAAAUUCCACUUGAUCCAGAUGGACCAGCUAACAAUCAGCUAACUCAAAGACGUGAAUUGAAAAAGGCUAUAACAAAUACCUAUUCUAUGUGGUUUGAAGCUCAUCCUAACGAAAUGCCACCCAUUGCAACUGUUCAACAACUUCCAAAUCCUAAUACAUGGAGUUAUGAGCCAAACCAAGACAUUUCCGAUGAUUUUAAUGUUGGUUUGGCAGCAAUGCCAAUACCAGGAAGAAUUGAUGCUGCUAGUAGUAAGAAUAAUAAUAACAAUCAAAUUAUUCCAAAUUAUUAUGAUUCAAAUGCUUCUAUUUCUACUCCAGACUUAGUCCCUCCAUCACAUUUACAACAACGACCAUUACAACCUCCAACACCAUAUCAAUCGCAACCAUAUCAAUUACCAAAAUUUUCACAACCAAAUCAACCAUCAUUUCAAUUUCCUUGUUAUGAUGAUAAUAAUAAUUCUGCUUCAAAUGUUCAACCAAACUAUUGUCCAUUACCGGCAUCGCCUACACAGGACCCACAGGACCUUAAUAGUAAAGUAUUUGUUUCAUCACAAUUCCAAUUUUCUGCCCAGUAUCAAUUGCCUUCAGCUACACAACCUUCGAAAUUUAUUAAUAUUGCUAAUGCAACGGUAGACCAGUUAGUGGAAGAGGAUCAGAAUGUUGGUAUUAUAAAUUUGGGAAGUGUAUUCUAG